CUAAAGGGCACUGAUAGGCAGCACUAAUGAGGUGUCACGGAUAGGCGGCACUAAUAUGCAGCACUGAUAGGCGGCACUGAUAGGUGACACUGAUGAUGGGUACUGAUAGACGGCACUGACUGGCAUCACUGCUGGGCAAUGACUGGUGGCACUGACUGGCACAACCCCUGGGCACUGACUGGUGGCACUGACUGGCAGCACUGCUGGGCUGCACUGGUGGGUGGCACUGCUGGGCGGCACUGGUGGGUGGGCACAGGUAGGUGGCACUGCUGGGCACAGGUAGGUGGCACUUCUGGGCACAGGUAGGUGGCACUGCAGAGUGGCACAGGUGGGUGCACUGCUGGGCACAGGUGGGCGGAACUUGCGGGUGGCACUGCUGGG